ACUCUGAGUUUUAAUCGCAUGGUUUUCCCGCGGUUUGUUAUUGUGUGAACGCAUCAGUUUGAAAUUUGAACACCAAAGAUACGAUGCUACCGUGCUUUGGUUUGAGAGAAAAGAAGGAUUUUUAAAGGUGCAUCGAAUAAAUUUUUAUUUAUUGGUGAAUGAAGUGCGGUUAUUUUUGCAAUAGUUGUGGGAAAUUGCUCACGGAGAGACUCCAGCAUUGACUGACAAUGAUUUUUUGAUGCGCAUCGACUUUCCAGAGACACUUCCGGUGGCUUUGUCAAUGAACAUGGACAGAUUCCUGCUGUAACUUUGAAGCCAGGAUACAGCCAGUUUUAUACCUCUGAAAAUUCAUCAACCGAUCAGAAACAACCUAAGCAUUAAAUUUGAAUUCAACACGAAGAUGCUGGACCGACUGCUACACGUUCUAGUUCUCUUAGCGUCCGCUUGGAGCGCUCUCGGCGCGGAUUGCUCCUGGCAGGGCAUCCCGUGGUGCGGACUCAUCGGCUCCUGCGGGAAGGACCACUACAUGCGAACAGGAUUCAACCACGGGAGCUGCAUCCUCCAGGUCACCAGAUACUGUUGCCCGAAGAGCGACGGUGACGACGUCCAGGACGUGAUCCUCUGCGAGCACGACCAGUUCAACGGCGACUGCAUCGUGACGUCUCUGACGGGCGACAAGAAGUGCGUCAACGUCGAGAAGAGCGAUUGGGCGUCGUCGGUGAACACGCUCGGCAAGUGCGUUCGACUCUACGAGCACGAAAACUGCGAAGGGAAGUCUAAGGCGUAUUAUCCGGGGAGCUUCGGACACGAUAACCUGUGGGAGAUGAACGAUUUGGUGACGUCAGUCGGGUACUGCUACGACCACGACCAGGCCAAGGAGGGCUGCGAUCGAGCCAAGCGGCAGAUAGGUGGAGGCGGAUGCCAAUGGGCGGCGGACGUGCUGACGGUGGGCUUCCUGCCGUGGCUGCGGCGGAUCCAGAACCCGAACCCGGACUCGGCGGCGCGGUGGUGGCAGAUCGGGCACAACGACCGGGUGGAGUCGAUGGAGGCGGUGAUCGAGCGGCGGCACCUGGGCCGGGGCACGGACACGAACCCGGCGACGCGGGACUUCGCCCAGCAGAUGGGCCGCUCCAACGACGACGCCGGGCACAUCCUCGCCUCCCGGCUCGGCGGACUCGGCAACGACACGGCCAACAUCUUCCCGCAGAGCCGCAACAUCAACCGCGGGGUCUGGGCCCAGGCCGAGGCCGACGUCGCCAACGCCGUCCAAAACCGCGGCAGGGUCAGAUACACCGUCAACCUCGAGUACGACGGCCGCUACGAGACCAGGCCCUUCAAGAUCGUCUAUAGGGUCGUCGAUGAUGCCACUGGGGAGGUCCUCUUCCUCAACGACCUGGUCAAUCCCUAGUCGCCGCUUCCUCUGCCUCUCAGCCAAGAGAUAAGUAAAUGAACGUCUUUCUUCUAAGGCCUUGUCUUGUCCAAACGAGCGCGGUUCGCGGAACUCAGUUCGAGGAACUUGUUCCCGGAACAAGUUUUUGGCUGAGCUGGAACUUAUUCCUCCAAAACCCGAAA